UUACCAAACUCUACUUCCACGGAAUCCUCUCCUGGUUCCUCUAUCCCACCUUCGCCUCUGGAGCAUGAUGUCCAAAUGCCCUCCGACUUGGAGGUUAUGACCACUCUUCUUAAAGAAGAACUGGCUCAGCUGGAGGAUUAUUACCUGUAUGAAUCGGCACCUAUGAAAUUGGAGAAAUGGCAAAAAUGUGACAAAAGCUUGCAAGCUAUGGCUACGCAGUCGUACUACCAGUUGCCUGCGCGCCAGUACAAUGCAAACCAACCUGAAACAAAUCCCAGGCUGGUUUCCCUAGCAACCGGAGAUCUCGACCUGCGAGGCUUCUGUGGGGGCUCCGUGAGCCGACCGAAAAUGUCUCGCCCCGGCCCCUACAGCUACAUUCGGACACACUGCAACAGCCAAAGAAUAUCAACGAACGGAUGCAAGGACGUGGAGGUGUUCGAGAAGGAGACGUGGACUUUCAAAGGGACUCAUUCAGGUUACGCGGAGCUGGCGUUUGACCAGUGCUCUGUCGACAAAUCCUUCGGAAAGAGCCACGCGAGCGCGAAGAAGGUUCGCGAAUGUGCCAUACUGUUGAAGGAAGAAGAGAAAAGUUGCUUCACGGAAGACGUGUUUUACCGAGCGGAGAUGAUGAGAAGUUACGAUCUCGGCGGCUCCCUGGAGCCGCACCACAGACGGGAGGGCCAGAGCCACGGGAUGAAGAUGCUCGGCCACGACGGGAUUGCUAUGCCCGUUUUGCAGUGCGCAGAGAACGAGAGCUGUCCGCCGUAUAAACAAUCCGAAGUAGCCGAGUGCUACUUUCAUCAGAUAACUGCCAAUUUAGAGCCAUAUCACGGCUUCAUGAAUGAAAUCGAUCAGCCAAUCAGAACUGGGGCUCUUGAUAUCCAGAAUAAUGACUACUUGCACCACGAAUGCCUUGGGGAUCAAAGCUUUGAAUGUCUGUCCGGAGACAGUGUUGGGUCCUCUUUGGAGUUGCCCAUCCAGAAACCACUGCAAAGGUCACGGGAAAGUCAGUGCGCGUUUAAGCCAGAUGUUAAAGUAGGUUGCUCGGAGAGAAACCAUGGAGAACGCAAGCAGAAGAAGAGGGAUCAGAACAAGUCCGCCGCCCACAGGUACCGUCAGCGUAAGAGGGCGGAGCAGGACUGUUUGGAGGAGGAGCUUCAUGGUUUGGAAGGGCGGAACAGAGAACUUCGGGACAAAGCAGAAUCUGUAGAGAGAGAGAUUCAGUAUGUGAAAGAUCUCCUGAUUGAAGUCUACAAGGCUCAUGAGUCAGCGCUAAAAGAGGAUUCCAGUGCCUAAACCGUCUUUUACCAGCAUUUCACUCACGCCAGGCUCUGACAGCAUGUUUUUAUGCUCUAAAUAGUUAGUUAAAAAAAAAAAAAACAAGAGCUCGUGUAUUAAAAUGGUUGUGUUUUUCCAAAGCGAAAGCCGCAUGGUUUCAUGAAACUGAGAGCAUAAUAUCUGAAGCACUGUGACGAUAGCCUUGAAUACGUUCUAAUGACUGACAGUGUUAUAUUUAAUGAAAAGCUGCCCAUCUCGAGAUUUGACUGAAUUUCUUUCUUCAACCCUACUGGUUUGUUUUAGUGAACACGAUCUGUGCUACUUUUAUUGAAAGAUAUUCUGUACAGGCUUGCUCCGUUCAUCAGCACAACAUAAUGAGAAUUUGUAAUAACGUAGCGACAUGAUCAAAAUUCUUACUAUUGUAAUAAUGCAAAGCACUGCGAUGUAUAAUGUCACUACCUUUUUUUUUUUUGUCUUUUUGCUUUAUAUUUUCACGUGUUUUCUUCUAUUUCUCCUUUAUCUCAUGUAAUUAUAUUUAGAAUAGAGGAGAAACGGCUUUUGCAGCUAUAAUUAAAUUGCUUUAAAAUAUAUUAUACAUGAAGGUUUAUAGCAUAUUAACGACUGAUUUUUUUGGCUCAGGUAUGGAAUGCAUGUCUAAUACAUUGAAAAGCAUGUUGGGUUACAAUUUAUUGCAUGACCCAAAAUAUGAAAUGAAUGCUUUUGUGCAUUAUGACAAUAUGUAGAAUUUUUAAUUUUGCCCAUUCGUUUUAUUCUCAUUAACAUAGCGCUUUACAAAAAAAAUAUGUGCUUUGUUUUGUUUGUUUUUUUUGAUUGACGUAUGUAACCAGAAUGAGAUAUAGAUUGUUUUAUGCAGGUUUGCGGAAAACAAUCACUGUCGUUUGCUACAGGACUUAAAAUUCAGAAGAAUUUGAAAGAUUUCAACUUAUUUGAACAGGUGCACGUUACUACAGUAGUACACUGUGCCUCUGAAAACAGACAAGCGUAGCAAAUCUGAAUGCAUUUAUUUCUGCAGGUUCUAAUGUGUUUCAGAAUCUACCAACACUUGAUUAAUAAAUACAAAUUAUAUUGUGCAGUAAUUCUUAUUUUUGUUCGAUUCAAAUGUCAAUAAAUGAUUCUUAAAUAUUUUA